AUGUCCCCACCCCGAUGUCUGCCCCCAGUGAUGGUGUCGCCUGCUCAUGCAAGAAUUCCCUCCCCGCAGGAACCUCCUGUAGCAUCCUCAGUGUCCUACCCAACCUCCCCUUUACUGCCUCCUCCGGCAACCUCAAAGUCCUCAGUUCCCUGCAGCAGUGCUGUGGGCCAGACCGCCUCUCCAGUCCACUCAUCUGGACCCCAAUGUCCCCCAUGGUGCCCCUGGGCGUCCGUGCAGGAGACCUCAGAGGUGUUUGGUGUCCUCGACUCUCCAGAGUACAGUGGUGUGAGCACAGGAGUGUAUAGACCUGUAAUAAACGAAGCAAAGGAUGAGCAAGCUAACCUGCCUAGCAAUGGUAGCACUGUGGACCUGUUGCAUGGCUUUAACCCAGCUGCUAUCAGCAGCCCCCCAUCAGGCCCCAUGCAGGUUCCACCUUCCAAUGCAGCAGGUCUGGAAGGACCCAAAUGGGUUUCCCGCUGGGCCAGCUUAGCAGACGGCUAUGCUGAACCUGGUUCCACUCCACCUCAAGGGGAAAGUCUGGAAGAUUUGCGCCUGAUGAGCCGGUCGAUGGGAAAUUUCAGCUACGAUAACUCAGAGUCCGAGUCCAGCCACAGCUCGAGGACCAGAAGGAUGUUGCCCCAGGUGCCUCCGGAGAAGCUGGACAGUGUUCCUCCGAGUAUCCUGAUUCGUCAUGAACCUUACCACGGACAGGAAGCUCUGGACCAACCCUCCGGUGCUCCUCACCACCAGAACUCCUACCAGUGCUUGUCUGUCCAGGAUGAUGUGGACCCAGACAGCCUGAGUGAUGCUAGCCGAUCAGAUGAUGGACCUGUUCUGGACAAAACAAAGAAAAACCAGGUCAGAACUGGAUCUGUUUCUCCAGGGGGCACCGGUAAUCAGGUUAGGGGUGCAGAUAAAGUGUCUCCCUCCACCAAAUCCACCUCCUUCUACAUCGGGUCUGAAGACCGUCCAAGCAAACCUGACCAAACUCGAAGUCCAGUACAGUCUGAUAGGAUACGAGAACCCCCAGCAAAAACUCCCCCAACUACUGUCCUGAUCCGACACCUGAGUGGGCACGAACCAAAGAGGACAGGAGUCAAACCUAACAGCUCAGCUCCCAACCUCCAAAUACAAGACAAGGAUUAUGCUCCCACCAAAGACAGCUGUGUGUCAUCUAUCGUCCGCCAGGAGAGCUUCACCAAAGAGCAGCCAUGUGACACCACCCAGAUGAAAAAUCCUCACAUCUCCAGCCAUCCGUCCAUCAGAGACCUGGAGCAGAGGAGGGAGAACCUCCAGGAUUCAGAGUCCUUCUAUCAGGAAGCAGAAGGAACUCUGUCCUCUCUGGACGCAAAGUUCCCCUCAUCUGGAUCCGGUCGUAGCUCAAAGAAAGGAGGCUCCUCCACCCACAUGGAAGACUCCCUGUCUGGUGAGUCAGAUGUGGACACUGCCAGCACUGUGAGCCAGGUGAGCAGCAAAAAUGUUCCCGUUAGUUCUGCUUCUAAAAAGCGUCCUGCCAUUAGCAGCCUCCAAAAGGAGAAGUCCUCUUCCAGCCCAUCCAUCCAAGAGAAGGGACGGCAACUCACGGCACGAGAACGGCUUUCAGAGAAACGCAGAAGCCAGGUGACAUCAGAUGCAUCAAAUAAGGCAGAAGCAGCAAAACGCUUUCAAAUGCGCCGCAGUGCUGGCAACCGGGGAUCUCUGGAUCUGUCAGAGGGCCAGCAGGGUUCUGGUCAAAAGUGGACAGAAACAACAUCCUCAGACCAUGAAGUUUCUCGCCCAUCCAGCCGUAGCAAGAAAGUGAUCGCUCCUCUUCAGAAAGAAGACAACGGAAAGACGGCAAAGACUGCAUCUCAGCAGGUUCUGACACGAUCCAACAGCUUGUCAGCACCAAGACCGACCCGGGCAUCCAUGCUUCGCCGAGCCCGCCUGGGGGAUGCCUCAGAUAACGAAGGUGCAGAGACUGACCGGGCUUCCCAGAAUUCUGAUCACAUCCCUGCUCCCACCAAAGUAUCUGCUGAGGGAAAGAAGCUGUCCCGGCUGGACAUCUUAGCAAUGCCCAGGAAGCGAACCGGUUCCUUCACAACCCCCAGUGACAACGAGACCUCCUCCACGGGCCGCUCGGGUUUCUCCAGUCGUAACUCUGAGUCUGCUGUCACCACCAGAAAGACUUCUGUGGGUGACUCUCGCCAGGCAGCUGGGAAAGGCGGUGCCCCGGGGAAGCAACCAUUGACCCGUACCCGAUCCAGUGGAGCCAAGUACCCCAGCACCAGUUCCAGACGCAGGCAGAAGGGCUCAGACUUUUCCUCGUCCUCUGACGAAGAAUACCAGAUGAAUGCCGUGAAUCCAAAAGCCAAACGCUCCUCACAUCCCCCCGCCCAGACACCACGCAGCCACCGCUCUGCCGCUACCCGAUCAAAGUCUGUCUCCCUGGAAACAGAGGAGGACGAGGACCAGAACGAGGGGGACCCCUACCAGAACUGGUCCACACACAGCGCUGAGAUUGCCAAGCUUAGUCAGGACCUGGCCAAAGAUCUGGCCAUCCUGGCGAAGGAAAUCCAUGAUGUUGCAGGGGACGGAGACUCCCCAAGCUCUGGCAUGGGCACCACCACCUCCCCUAGCUCGCUGCCCAACACGCCAGCAUCCACCAUCUCUGCCAGGGAGGAGGUGAUUCUGGACAACCUGAUGCUGAACCCGGUGUCUCAGCUGUCCCAGGCCAUCCGGGAGAACACAGAGCAGCUGGCCGAGAAAAUGAAGGUUCUGUUCCAGAACAAGGCCGAUGUCUGGGAGGAGAUCGAGGCCAAGAUCAAC